CGCAGCCAUGUACUGUGCCCUGCAUGGCAGAGAGACAGUGAGGAGAGCGUUGGUUGAGUACGGCUUCUCGGAAAGGAACUUCUUGGCUCUCACCGUCCGCUUCCUGUUCGGCCUCCUCAAUGAGGAGAUGAGAUGUUACCUGGAGGAGAAUCUGGGCUGGACCAUCUCCCCUCAGGUCAAGGAGGAAGUGUUGGCGUGGAUCCGAGACAAAGCUCACAGUGAAGGAUCCACCCUGCAGCGUGGCUCCCUGGAGCUCCUCAGCUGCUUGUAUGAGAUCCAGGAGGAAGACUUCAUCCAGCAGGCCCUGAGCCACUUUGAAGUGGUGGUAGUCAGCAACAUCGCGACCAAGAUGGAGCACGUGGUAUGCUCCUUUUGCGUGAGGUACUGCAGGAGCGCCGUGGUGAUUCAUUUGUAUGCGAGUACCUACAGUCCAGGCACAGAGGAUGGCCCGGCGGCACCUUCAGGAGGCCGGCCUCUGUCCGAACCCUUACAGGAGAGGAACACACUUCCUGAUGUCUACAGUGCACAUCUCUCAGCAGCUGUCUGCACCAACCCAAACCUGAUCGAGCUGGCCUUGUACCGCAACGCCUUGAGCAGCCGGGGUGUGCGGCUGCUCUGCCAGGGCCUCAGACAUGCCAACUGCAAGAUUCAAAACCUGAGGCUGAAGAGGUGUCAGGUCUCUGGAUCAGCCUGCCAGGACCUGGCAGCGGCUCUCAUCGCCAACAGGAACUUAACCAGGCUGGACCUCAGUGGCAACAGCAUUGGGGUGCCAGGCCUGGAACUGCUCUGCGAGGGCCUGAGGCACCCCAGGUGUAGGCUGCAGACGAUCCAGCUGAGGAAGUGUCUUCUGGAGGCCACAGCUGGAGGAGCGAUCGCCUCUGUUCUCAGCAACAACUCACAUCUGGUGGAGCUGGACCUGACAGGAAACCCCUUGGAGGACUUGGGACUGAAGCUGCUGUGUCAAGGGUUGAGACACCCAGUCUGCAGGCUGCACACCUUGUGGCUGAAGAUCUGCCACCUGGGCCAGGCUGCCUGUGAAGAUCUGGCCUUCAGCCUCAGCAUGAACCAGAGCCUGAUGGAGCUGGACCUAGGUCUGAAUGACCUUGGGGAUCCCGGAGUGCUUCUGCUGUGUAAGGGCCUCGGGCACCCAGACUGCAAACUCCAGACCCUCCGGUUGGGCAUUUGCCGGCUGGGCGCAGACGCAUGCGCAGGGCUUGCCCGUGUGCUCCAGGUCAACACUUGCCUCCGAGAGCUGGACCUGAGCUUCAAUGACUUGGGAGACAGGGGCCUGUGGCUGCUGGGGGAAGGACUGCGGCACCCGUCCUGCAGACUCCAGAAGCUGUGGCUGGACAGCUGUGGCCUCACGUCGAAAGCGUGUGAGGACCUUUCUUCCAUCCUAGGAGCCAACCAGACCCUAAAUGAGCUUUAUUUGACCAACAAUGCCCUGGGGGACACAGGUGUCCGGCUGCUGUGCAAGAGGCUGAGACAUCCAGGCUGCAAACUUCGAGUCCUGUGGCUGUUUGGAAUGGACCUGAACAAAAUGACCCACAAGAGGCUGGCAGCACUUCGAGUCACAAAACCGUACUUGGAUAUUGGGUGCUGAGCCCUCCUGCAGCAUAAUGGAAGCGAUCGCAAUGGAAGCGAUCACGACCUUGAAUCCCUCAGACAGCUGUGACCCAGCACUUGAGAGGCAGAACUUUUGAAGGACAGCUUCUGCUACAUGGUGAGGUGGAGUCGAGGAUUGGAAAUUCAAGGUCGUGCUCAGAAACCAGAGGGGGCUCCAUGAGACUGUCUUGGGGCAAGGAGGCCCAGAAAGUGCAGGUUGACAAAAAUGUUCCUUCUGCUUAAAUCAUAAACACUCAACCUCUGACGAAGCUCUUUGGAUUUGGAUGCCGACGCCAUGCACAUCAUUUAGGAUGUGGACUGGCUGGUUAGCAGGUUUGAAGAGCGGUAGUAGAAAAUACGUGGGGAAAUGAAAAAAAAAAAUCUGGGAGUCCCGGACAUUUCCCCCACUGAGCUAAGACUCCCACCUGCUGGCCAAAGUAUGGAACUACAACAGAUUAAAAUAUGCCCUGAGAGGGUUUGGCCCGGUGUGUGUUGAGAGGCUUCUCUGUGUAGCUUUGGUUGUCCUGGAACUUCUCUGUAGACCAGGCUGGCUUCAAACUCAGUUCUGCUUGCCUCUGCUGCCCAAGACCCAGAAUUAUUUGUGCACAGUGCAAGUGAAUUUUCCAGAAGCAAUUUAAGAAACAGCAAUGACUCCAGAAUCCUUACAGAUGGAGGGGUGGCCCAUACUUCCCUGUACUUACAAUGUACUUACAACCUGGGAAACUAUACACUUGUCCCCAGAAGCUAAGGGCCCAAACUGGGCUGGCCUGCAAAUCCAAGGUUCCAGAGACGCCAGGUCUAGGAUACUCUAGAACUGGUUAUAUCCACUAUGCACAAUGAGGCCUCAGAACAUGCUGGGCAUAUGGAUCAGCUCCAUACUGGCUGCCUAGCAUGUAUGGAACCCUGGACUCUGUACUCUGUCCUCAGGCACUAUAGAGCUUGACGGGCCCAUGGUUAAAAAAAUAACGUUUGGGUUUGGAAAGUGCUGUGCAUGGUAGUUUAUGCCCUUAGGAGGCAAAGGGCGGCCACUCAAGACCAGGGAACUAUAUGAAGGCCCAGUCUGAAAACAAAUCACUAUGGGAGAGGCUCAGACAACCUGGGUUUUAACUCCAGUACCUACAGGACCGCUUAUAACUAUGGUAACCCCAGGUCUGGUGUGUUAAUAUGGUAAAGAUUGAAACCUGUAAAGGAGCAGACUUAAAUUAAAAAACUAAAGCCUGUGGCCAGCCAUCAUGGCACCUACAAUGCUAGCAGCCAGGGGGCAGUCAGGCCAGCCAGGUGAAUUUAGGCCCCUGUAAGACUUGGCCUGAUAACAUUUCUGGUCUGCCUGAGUUCCAAGAUUGCUCAAUCACCUGAACCUUACAGCCUAUUCCAAAAGCAUCUCCCAGGUGGCUUGGACUCUACCUCCGUGGUAGUUUAAGGGCCUUGGCUCACCUUUCCCCUAGAUACCUCCCACCCUCCCCCUAAAUACCAGGAUGCUUUUCUG